UGCGYGCCCCGCUCCGCCCCGCGCACGACGGCGUCAAGAUGGCGGCGGCUGUAGCACGCUCAGCCGUCCGACGGCUUCUCCUGCCCUGGUCUGCUCCCCUGGUGCGAGCCCCCGGCGCGGCAGAGCGGUGUGUUCAUGUUGGAACAGGGAGGCUCAGAGCUUCCAAAGCAGCAACAGAAGUAMUCUUAAAUGUCCCUGAAACUAGGGUGAGUCCUUUGGAAAAUGGCUUGCAAGUAGCUUCUGAAGACUCUGGACUCUCAACAUGCACAGUUGGACUGUGGAUUGAUGCUGGAAGCAGGUACGAAAAUGAGAAGAACAAUGGAACUGCUCACUUCCUUGAGCAUAUGGCUUUCAAGGGAACAAAAAAGAGAUCUCAGUUAGACCUUGAACUAGAGAUUGAGAACAUGGGAGCUCAUCUGAAUGCGUACACAUCCAGGGAACAAACUGUCUAUUAUGCAAAGGCUUUUUCAAAAGAUUUACCAAGAGCUGUGGAAAUUCUUGCUGACAUAAUUCAGAACAGUACCCUGGGAGAGGCAGAGAUUGAGCGUGAGCGAGGAGUUAUACUUCGAGAGAUGCAAGAGGUUGAAACCAAUUUGCAAGAAGUUGUCUUUGAUUACCUUCAUGCCACAGCCUAUCAGAACACAGCCCUAGGACGGACUAUUUUAGGACCCACUGAAAAUAUCAAAUCCAUAAAUCGUAAUGACUUGGUGGAGUACAUAACAACACAUUACAAAGGACCAAGAAUGGUCUUGGCUGCUGCUGGAGGGGUCUCUCAUGAUGAACUACUUGACCUGGCAAAGUGCCAUUUUGGUAACUUGCCAUCUGCUCCAGAAGGAGGACUGCCACCCCUGCCACCUUGUAGCUUCACAGGUAGUGAGAUUCGGAUAAGGGAUGACAAGAUGCCCCUGGCACACCUGGCAAUAGCUGUUGAAGCAGCUGGCUGGUCAGACCCAGAUACAAUCCCACUCAUGGUAGCCAAUACUCUGAUAGGGAACUGGGAUCGUUCCUUUGGAGGAGGAGUGCAGAAUUUGUCCAGUAAACUUGCUCAGAUUGCCUGCCAUGGUAACYUGUGUCACAGUUUCCAGUCCUUCAACACCUGCUACACUGACACAGGGCUGUGGGGACUCUACAUGGUCUGUGAGCCAUCCACCAUUCAGGACAUGGUGCACUUUGUUCAGAGAGAAUGGAUAAGACUUUGCACAAGUGUUACAGAAAAUGAAGUAGCUCGAGCRAAAAAUCUUCUAAAGACAAAUAUGCUGCUACAACUUGAUGGGUCCACACCAAUCUGUGAAGACAUUGGAAGACAAAUGCUGUGUUAYAAGCGCCGAAUCCCAAUUCCAGAACUUGAGGCAAGAAUUGAAGCUAUUGAUGCCCAGACCAUUAGAGAAGUCUGCACAAAAUACAUCUAUGAUAAGCAUCCUGCAGUUGCUGCCGUGGGUCCAAUUGAACAACUUCCAGAGUAUAGCAAAAUCUGCAGUGGCAUGUACUGGCUUCGUGAGUAGUGAACUGCAAGAACUUUGAGCAUAUUUUASUUUUAAAAGAACAGAAAAACAACCAAAACCACCCAGCAAACCAACUAUACCCCUAUUUAAAAGUUUGGAGUUGCUUUUGAGAAGAUUAAAGCUCAAGAACCWGCCCCUCGUGUGUCUGUAUAAUGAAGAAAGAAUGGAAACAUGUACAAUAUUUGCAUUUUUAUUAUAAAACAAAGAUUGUCAGUAAGAGUCAUUUCUUGACUUUAGUAGCAUUCAUUACUUGUUCUUGAGCAGCUUUCUUUGCCUUGACCAUUUCAACGAGUUCCUGAAAGUAGGGGGGGCAAAAAAGAAACUUAACUAAACAUGAGACUUCGGAACAGUGCUAUUGUUUUAAAUACUACAUCURUUCACUGUGAAACACUAGUUCUCAACAUAAUGAGAAACAUAUGUAGUUGAAUACUGUAAUUUCUCUUCAAAACAAAUCCAUUGAUGGAAGGUCAAUGCUCAUCUACCUCCCCUCUAUCAGGCACUUUACCUACAGGAGCCUAGGGAUAGGACUUCACCAUCUGCAAAAGCUUGCUCUCAAAUUAUAAGACAAAUUUCAUGAGACAGACUUUCCUUCCCAGCUUCCAGAGCCACUACUUUCAUUGAAGAAYAUUUAGUCCUUACUGCUCUUUUUUAUUUUGGUAACUCAACUCCAAAAGUUUUCCUUAAGGYUCUAAUCAGUUUGCUUGUGUCAGAUACUGUCUCUUGUAGGCAACGUAACAGGAAAAGCAAAGGAUUCUCUCAGGACCUGGCCUAGUGACAAUCCUAGGAGAAGGUGAGGGACCUUACCUUAUAUCGCUUCAUGCAAUCUUUUUUUGACCGGCCUGGAACAGCUGCUGCUAUUUUUUCCCAUCUUUCAGGAGUAUUUACUGGAUAAGUCUUCAAUGCUUGUUCUAAAAGUUUCUGUUCUUCUGUAGUCCAAGGGGAUGAAUCUAAAGGUGAUCCUGUUUUUAAAUGCAAAAAUGACAGCAAGAAAAAAUAUUUAAGAAAAGAGUCUAUAUAUAAACCCUAUUAUAGUUGAUAUAAAAUCCAUGCAGUUUGGGGGUGUAUUGUGUGKACCAGAAACCCUCAAAUCUUGCAGCAGAGCCUGGAUCACUUACUUGCUAUGUAAGUUUGUAAGCAAACCUUGAGUAAGUAAGUUCUGGGUUAAUUUCUUCCUAAGAAACACAGGGGAGACAUGCACAAUAAGGGCUCCCUUUUCACCUUUACCUUCAAACCGUUCAGAGGGGGCAGCACUGUCCAUCUGAGGCACCACACCGUGUUCUUUUUUAAAUUUGUCAAAUGCUUUCUUGUUUAUGUCAUCUUUUUGAUGAGGGUCUAUGAGCAACAGACAUUAAAGAGAAUAAUUACUGCAAGAAUAAUAAAGCCAGAUGUAAUAACAAUAAUAAAAACAUGUAUUAGAUUUGCUUACAUUAAUCACAAAAUCAAAAAACCUGCUUCCCUUUAAAACAAUGAAAAAAAAGAAUCCAAUAAACUUCUUGCAGAGUG